GGCAGGGCUUAUCCUAGGCGAGCCUCCCCCUAGACACGCCCGUGAGUCAAGACUCUUCAUUUGGAAAGGUUGGAGAAGAGAUGUGGACGUAUUAUUCAGAGCGGAUAGAUUGUAUAGGAGGACAAUGAUAAAACGGCAAUAUUUCUCUGCCCAGAUCAAGGGAAAUUUGGCGUAUCUUUUGCUUGUCUUUGGCGCGUGCUUUCAUUGUGUGUUUUGCUCUUACAAUCCCAGAUUAACUCUAAAACAAGAUGAUGCUCCUCUUUUAUACAACAGAAAUUAUAGUCGUACAGUCAUAUUCCAUCAGGAAGGAUCAAACAGUCUGUUUGUUGGAGGAAUAAAUCAUAUUCUACAUUUUGAUGUAGACAGUCGUCAGAUUGUGGAGAACUUUACUCUCAAUCCAAAAUGUGGUGAGGGCUCUUGUGAAAAUGUAGUGACAGUAAUUGAAAGAUUUGAAAACUACACAUUUGUCUGUGGAACAAAUGGAGAACAGCCACAGUGUUGGAAACUGUCCUCCAGAGAAAGCAAUCAUUCCACAAAGGGUGUAGAUGGCACAGGAAUCUCACCUCAUACAGGUUCACAAAACUCCUUGUCCCUACUUGCAGAUGGAGAUCUCUAUGCAGCAGCUCCUUUAUACAGUGAUGGAACCCUGCUGCAGUUUCGCAGAAAAGGUGGAAAACGAACCAGCGUCUGGAUGUAUGAUCAAUGGGUCUCAGAACCCACUUUUAUUUCAAGUUUUCUGGCCCAGCGCCAGAAUGACACAUUGAAUGAGAAGAUAUAUGUCUUAUUCCGUGAGAAAAACUCAGACACGAGUCCAGAGGCUGAUCCUUGGAUAUCUAGAGUGGCAAGAGUGUGUAAGGUCGACCAGGGUGGUCCCAAGCAGUUGCUCCAGAACAUCUGGACCUCCUUUCUGAAGGCACGACUUGUGUGUGGGAUUCCUAGAGAGUCGCUGUAUUUCAACCGCUUACAGGACAUUUUCAUCCAACAUGCUGAUGACUGGAGGGAUUCACGAGUGUAUGCACUUUUCUCCAGCAGCUGGAACUCUACUGCUGUGUGCAUUUACUCGUUGGCAGAGCUUGAUGAUGUUUUUGAGAAUUCCUCCUUCAAAGGAUAUUCUGCGGCAAUUCCCACCCCAAGACCAGGAACUUGUGUCAAACAUAGCAAUUCCAUUCCAACUUCUACUCUUCAUAUCAUUAAAGACCAUCCAGAGAUGAAGAGAUGGAUUGAACCCAUUCAAAAACAAACACCUUUCUUCACAAGUAAUAAGAACUUUACCAAGAUAGCCGUUGACCGGGUCCAAGCUUCAGAUGACAGCUUGCACAAUGUGCUGCUGCUUGCAACAGACAAUGGAGUAAUCUUAAAGAUACUGGAGGAUGGCUCCAGUGGAUUCAUCAUCUCUGAAACGCAUCUGUGCAAUGGUUCAGCACCCGUACAUUCGAUGAAACUCGACUCUGAGAAGAGGAAGCUGUUUGUAGGAUAUCCCGGACAGAUUUCCAUCUUAGAUCUGCAGAGAUGUGAAGAUUACAAUGCUUCCUGCGAAGAAUGUGUACUUUCUCGUGAUCCAUACUGCGCUUGGACUGAACAAGGCUGCACAUCACAAACCAGAGGAGGAAUACAAAACAUUGCUGAUGGACUCACUAAAGUAUGUCACCAAAAAUCAGGGGGAAGAUUCAGAAGAGAAGUGAAACAGCCACUGACAGCUCCAUUAAGGAUUCAACACUUUGUGCACACUGGUAUUCCCAUCUAUCUCUCUUGUCCUGUCGAUUCUAAACAUGCCACUUACAAAUGGGAACAUAAUCAAAAGAGCAUCCCAUGUCAGCAGACCCAGUCAGAUUGUCUCCACCUCAUUCCAGCCAUGACAAAUGACAAGAAUGGUGACUACAAAUGUACAUCUCAUGAACUCGAUUACACCAGAACUGUGAGAGAAUACACGGUUGAAUUUAGAAUAGAGAAUGCUGCUUUCAAACUGAGAGCCCAGAACUGGUUAAUGGCCACAUUUGUCACUAGUGCCUUCUAUCUGCGCUCACUUUAAGGUCAAGGUUGUAAUAUAAAAGUCAGUGCUUCCAUCUUCAAGCUUUUCUGAUGACCUGUAAGCUGAUUAAAACCAUCAGUCACACAUUGCUAGGCCCCCAGUGUUUGGUCUUCUCAAGCAAAGUUUAUAGGCAAGUAAGCACUGAAGUAAAAGAUAGCAUCCGUCCUAGACAACUCGCAGUUAUAUGCUUGCCAUCUGUUUAGUGGGUGUUUAGUGACAUUGCGGUCCAAAGUCUUUCAUCCUGGACUUUCAUCUUUAGAAACUGGAAAUUCUCUUGACAUUUUUAUGGUUUAGAUUUGUUUUAACAAACAAAAAACUCAUAAAGGGAAACGAAGACAAUGUUCAGGGUCAGUCUAGAGCAUUUUAAAUGGGGGGGGCCAGACUGGGUCACCACCAUAAUUAUUUAUUAAUAAUUAAAUACAUUUAUAUUUAUAAUUUAAGCACUUAAAUUAAAAUAAGAAUGAAUAAAAUAAAUAACUAGAAACGGCUGACUAUAUUCAGAUUGCUUCCAUUAAGUGAGAGAAGCCUGCUCUUCAUUUUUCAGUUCCUCUGGGUUUCAGUGAUACGAGGACAACAUUUGAGUGUACACAUAAUAUCCAAGCGAGAGCAGAGCUAAUUCAUAAAAGAGCAACAAAUGUUUUGAAGCAAGCGUCCAGUUUGGUGUGAGUGAAGGAAAUCCGCUUGCAAGUGGAGAUUCGUGCUUGCGCAUUAGGCCUACAUGGAUCGCGUAACAUUAUUCGCUCAGGAUUUUGAUUAAGAAAACGGUAUGGAAGCCGCCUAAAAUUAAGUAUAAAGAAGAGAAGAAAGCAGCCCUUGGCGGCUGCCUACACAUGCCAAGAUCCGCUACUGCCAGAUGCAGUUAUAAAUACUAAAUACGAAUCUAUUGUGAGAUAUCUGAUAGGGGGUACUUGGGGUAGCUAGCCAAAUAUAAGGGGGCAGUAGAUGGCAGUAGAUGGCAACAAGUGACUGUUUUCAUGAGUGAGCCGUUGAAUUAGUCAUUCAACCAAUUUGUUAAAAAAUGCAAAUUCUUUCAGAAACCAACAAGAUCAGUGAUGGUCUUUGUGAGUCACUGAAUUAUUCACUCAACAGAUUCAUUUAAAACUAUGCUGACUCAAAAUAUUUAAAAUCGUUCUUUAUUGAGGACUGAAACGCAGAUACUUGUGUUGCUUAGAGACAUGCAACAAUUUCACACUGGUUUUGUUUGGAAUUUUGUUUCAAACUUUGUUUUCCUUAAACUUGUUUUUUGGAUUGUUGUAUAAAAACAUUUACACACUCGCAGAUGUGCACUUUAAAUUGCUCACACUCACACUGUUCUCAUCCACUGGUCAAAAUGCACAACACUGCUUGAAAGACAUGUGUUCUCUGAUGUAAACAAGUAAGCAUGAGAAGCACAUGAGGGAACACGUAAGAGAUGCACUGAAUGAAAGCACUCUUGCUCUCUGACAGUAGAUGGCGCUAAACUGCAGAAAAUCUGGAAACCCCAUAAAUAAAGCAUUUAAAAUGUA